AUGGAACCUUCCCCAAUGUCCUCUGCAACUCCCUUCUUUGUCCACUGCCCCAUCAAACCCAUCUCACGCCCUUCGAGCGCAUACGCCGAACUCGAGUCACCUCCUCCGUCGCCUCUCCAACGGUCCACCUCUGACACUGACUCGGACCACCCCCGCGACUACAAGCAGCAGCAGCUCAGUAACCAUGACCGUCGGUUCAACGAGUCAAGACCGAUCCAGAUCCCCAUGGAUCUCCUUGAUAAGUCCAUAUCUCUCGGCACCUCUUCCAUGAAGCGCCUUUUAUCUUUCACCACUGCGGUUAGAGCGGGACCUCUUCUGCCUUCGAACAAAACGCACACGCUCUUGAACACCCCUCUCGUCGACAAGCUCGCCGAUUCACCCUCGCCAGUCGCUCGGCCUUUGUCUCCUUCAAAAAGGAUUUCUUCCCUGCUGUAUCGCAAGCAACAACAGCCUUCUCCCAGUACCUCGAGCGUCCCGAUCCAUCCGGCAGCUCAUCGCAGUGGGCCUGUUAACACGAGACUGGGCGAUUUUGGCGAUUUUGAAGAGGUUUCUAUCCUCAGUCGUCCCGCUACUCCUACUCCUCUCACCGCUAUCACUACCACUACCGCCUCUGUCGCCGCCGCUACUGCCAUCAGUCAUGCUGCUCUUCAAAAGACGGCGAAUGCGUUGGUUGGCGACAUGGACGUGGAUAUGAAUCAUGCCGAUCAGUCGUCUCCUCUAUCUGACCGGACCCCUGUCGCGGUCGGACGCGCUAGUCGGCACCAAACUCCAGCCAGGGUCGCGACCAUGACGAUCAACAACAACCAAAGUAAUGUCAACUUGACCAAUAGUCUCCGCAGCCAGACUUCCACCAGCACCAGCAUCAUCACCACCCCCUCCAGAGUCACUGCUCCUCCUCGCCACACCGCCACCACCGCCAACCAAGGGCAAGAAACGAGUACACCCAAGCGAAAGAAGACACUUCUCAAGUCCAUGUCGUCGUCCAUGUCGUCGUCCAUGCGUCAAGUCAAGAAACGCGCCACCGAUCUGAUUGGUGGUAUCCGCCAGAGGCACAAAAAGUCCAACAACUUCAAGUUUGACCAAGACGAGUUCGACGAAGGGUCCCUUGUCACCAAAGUUGAGAAUCGUCAUCUGGACAAUGAGGACUAUGACAUAUCGACCUUAUCGUUGGCCUCGAUUGUUGCUCCUUCUGAUGCCGUACCCAGCUCUACCGCCUCCCCGUCUCGUGUGAACUCCUCCUCCUCCGUACCAACGCUGGCCUCCUGGCCCAUGGAAGUCGAUAUGAUCAGUGUCUCCUCUAAUUCAUCAAAGUCGACUGAGAAUACUGCCCCGCCCCUCACUGCUGCUGUUGCCGCCGACUUGUUGCAGCUCUCUUGGUCGUCGCCGAGCGGACCCAGCCUUUUCACCCGGUCAGCUGAGGACUUAACCCGCAACCCUAUGUCAAGCUUCUAUGACUUCAGUAACUGCGACCCCUCUCUGCCACAUGUUGGUCUGUCCCUAGCGGCAGAGACAGAGGCAGAUCGUCCUCACCAAAGUCGUCGUCGCACUAAGUCCGAGUCUGCAGCUCCAGUGAUGACCCCCGAAAAGUCCACUUCCCUCUCGUCCAUCCCUUUUGCCUGCCACCUCCGCCUCCACUACAACCUAAAGGACCACGAUACUAAUGAAGAGUGUGCCAAACAAAAGGAGAAGCAGACAACCAAGUCGAGCCGAUUCGGUCUGGGCUCCAGCGAUUGGAUCGAUUCCAAGAACCAUAUUGUGCCCAAGUUCAUGGCCAGGUACAAGAAGGGUGGCCAGAAGGGUGGCCAGAAGGACAAGAACAAGGGCUACCCUGAAACCAAUGGGUUCACUCUUGGUGGCGAUGGGGGUAACCGUUCUGACCCCUUUCGAGAUCCGGAUGUGGAUGAGUGUGUGGAACUCAUUUUUGCCGAUACGCCUGCACCAAAAUCCUCCCUCUCCACUCCAACGAAGUCCGGCACCAAAACAAAACACAGUAUCAGUCUUCCCUCGUCCCCACCCUCAUCCUCUAGUUCAUCGCUCGCCUCUUCUCCUUCUUCCUCCUCUCCCACUUGUGAGAUGACCUUCCAGCAUGCGAUAAACCGCCGCAUGACGGUAAAACAACAACAACAAAAACAGGAUCAAGAACAAGAACAGCGGGCGCCUCAGGCCAAGUCAUUCCGGAGGUCGUCCUCAACACCGGCAAUGUCUGCCCGCCAGCAACCUCCCCCUUUGAUUGUUGUUUCUUCUUCCCAAGGCAGCCAGGAACUGUUUGUUCCAUCUCCGUAG